CGGAGCGGGCCCGGGGUGGUUGUUGUGGUGGUUGUUGUUGUUGUUGUUUGUUGUUCCGCCGCCGCCAUGGGGAAGUCGGAUUUCCUCAGCCCCAAGGCGAUCGCCAACCGCAUCAAGUCGAAAGGGCUGCAGAAGCUGCGCUGGUACUGCCAGAUGUGCCAGAAGCAGUGCCGCGACGAGAAUGGCUUCAAAUGUCAUUGCAUGUCUGAGUCCCACCAGAGGCAGUUGCUACUGGCUUCUGAAAAUCCUCAACAAUUCAUGGAUUACUUUUCUGAGGAAUUCCGGAAUGAUUUCCUAGAGCUGCUCAGGAGGCGAUUUGGAACAAAGAGAGUCCACAAUAACAUUGUGUACAAUGAAUAUAUCAGUCAUCGAGAACACAUCCACAUGAAUGCCACACAGUGGGAAACACUGACUGAUUUUACUAAAUGGCUGGGGAGAGAAGGUCUUUGCAAGGUUGAUGAGACACCAAAAGGCUGGUACAUUCAGUAUAUUGACAGGGACCCCGAGACUAUUCGCAGGCAACAAGAGCAAGAGAGGAAGAAGAAACAAGAUCUUGACGAUGAAGAAAAAACUGCUAAAUUCAUUGAACAACAAGUUAGAAGAGGUUUGGAGGGGAAAGAACUGGAAAAGCCAGUCUAUACUGAACUGAACAGAGAAAAUGAAGAAGAAAAAGUUACAUUUAAUUUAAACAAAGGACCAAGUACUUCAAUAGCAGCAUCUUCUAAAACAAGCAGUGUCCUUGGACCAAAUGCACUGAAGAUGGUGGAAGGGGCAGUUAAAAGAAAAGAAUCAGCUCAUAGCUCUGGUCAGUCCAAAGAGAAAAAGAAGAAAUCUGCACUGGAUGAGAUUAUGGAGCUUGAAGAGGAGAAGAAAAGAACAUCUCGAAGAGACUACUGGUUGCAGCCUGAAAUAGUUGUAAAAAUUGUAACAAAAAAGCUGGGAGAGAAGUAUCACAAGAAGAAGGCAGUUGUUAAGGAAGUGAUUGACAAAUACACAGCAGUUGUGAAGAUGAUUGAUUCUGGAGACAAACUGAAACUUGAUCAGACACAUCUGGAGACUGUAAUACCUGCACCAGGCAAGAAAGUGAUGGUACUAAAUGGUGGUUACAGGGGAAAUGAGGGCAUCUUGGAAUCCAUCAAUGAAAAGAAGUUUUCAGCAACAAUCAUCAUCGACUCUGGACCUUUAAAAGGGCGCCGAGUUGAAGAUAUCCAGUAUGAAGAUAUUUCCAAACUUGCCUAAUUGUGGGUCAGAGAAGAUUUUUGUUCCCAAAAACAUCUUUCUGGCAUCUUCCAGGCAGACACAAGACUCUACCAUGUCAGGGUUUUAAUUGUGUGUGUGUAUGUAUUUAUAGUGUAUAUAGAAAUGUAAAGAUCACUGUGAAUUUGUUAUAUAAAACGUUUGUGGAAAUCUUAUCAGUGGAAAUAUUUAAUCUGAUUCUCUAUCAAAGAUAUAUUGUAAUAUUUGGUUGAAUUUCUUUUUGUAAAAUAUAACAGGUAGCAGUUCUGUAAGAGAGAGAAUUACCUACAAACAGGCAGGAGUUUAAACACACUUCUCAGGCUGCAGCCAGGAUUGAAUUUUGGCUGCAGGAACAAGGGAAGGGAUUAAGGGAAUAGCAGGAAGGUAAGAUUAUUUCCCUGGAUGGUGUAAGAAUGGUCUGGUUUAUUAAGUGCUGUCACCAAGUUAUUUUUGGUUAGCACAGCAGGGAUAGUAGAAUGGAAGUCAUUGCUCCUCCAUCAUGUUUGUCAGGGUUCCUAAUAGUACAAAUAUGCAAUUGAUCUUCAGAUGGACUCCAAGAUGGAUGUUACUUGUGGGGUUUCAAGUAUGCCAGCCCAAGUGUGUGCAGAUAAGAACUGGUGAUUCUGCUCUUUUUUUCCAGACUCUUUUCCUUUGUUCAAGCUUCAUUGUUGCUCUGCUCCAUGAGUAACAUUGCUCAUGCUAAAUUAUGUAGCAUCACUUAUUUUUUUAAAAAUGCCACGUUUUGUACAAUGUUUAAUUUCUAAGGCAGUUCAGGAAUAAACAUAAACCUUUCUGA